CCUUUCCCUCUCAGUUCACACUCUACUCAAACCCCAAAUCCCAUUUUCCCGUUUCUCUCUCACACACAAUUUUCCGCUCUUCACACACUGAACAACAUUUCACCGUGUGAAACAUGGCUGUGAAUUGGACACUCUGCAUUGCAACUCUUGUCUGUUUUGUCACUGCCGUUACCGCCAAAAUCCCCGGCGUUUACAAUGGCGGACCCUGGACUAGUGCCCAUGCUACCUUCUAUGGUGGCUCUGAUGCUUCUGGCACCAUGGGUGGGGCUUGUGGCUAUGGGAAUCUGUACAGCCAAGGCUACGGAGUAAACAACGCGGCACUGAGUACGGCUCUUUUCAACAAUGGGUUAAGCUGUGGCGCUUGUUUCGAGAUUAAGUGUACCAACGCUAAGGAAUAUUGCAACCCUGGUAACCCAUCCAUCUUCGUAACAGCAACAAAUUUCUGCCCACCAAACUACGCUUUGCCUAAUGAUAAUGGAGGAUGGUGCAACCCACCUCGCCCACAUUUCGACCUUGCCAUGCCUAUGUUCCUCAAAAUUGCUGUCUACCGUGCUGGAAUUGUUCCUGUUAACUACCGAAGGGUUCCAUGCAGGAAACAAGGAGGAAUCAGAUUCACUGUUAACGGUUUCAAAUACUUUAACUUGGUGUUAGUGACCAACGUUGCAGGUGCUGGGGACAUUCAGAAGGUGUAUGUUAAAGGCACAAAGACUCAAUGGAUUUCGAUGAAUCGUAAUUGGGGACAAAAUUGGCAAACAAAUGCAAUGCUUGUUGGACAAGCCCUUUCUUUUAGAGUCACUGCAAGUGAUAAACGCAGCUCCGCUUCAUAUAACAUAGCGCCAGCUAACUGGCAAUUUGGCCAAACUUUCCAGGGCAAGAAUUUCCGCGUUUAAUCUCACCAAAAUAAUUAUUAUAUUGACCCAAAAAAAGAAAAAAAAGAAAAAUUCACAUGAUUUCCUGUCUUCAAUUUCUCGUUUUUAUGUGGGAAAAUUUGAAUUAUAGCGGGAUUAGUUUCUUUUUCUUUUUUGUUACUAUCAACUUUCUGGGAAAUGGGUUAAAAUUGUUACUUUUUCUUUUGUUUUAAUGUAUUUUUGCUUUUUUCCCCUUAUGUGAUGCUGUAAGUGUGUGUGGUUAAAAGUUAAAGGUGAAGUGAAAAGUUAUAUAGAGGCUGAAGUGGCUGCAAAAGGACAAAAUUUAGUGGGGAAAAAUUGUAGCCCGCAGCUUUGCUUGCAUAUUGUUACUGGUGAUGUAAUGGCAAAUUAUUAUUGCCCAAGUUUAUGAAUAUAUUUUUAUACUGCAAA